AUGCCCGCCACCAUGUCCCUGCCAACACUCGAGGUGAGGAUGGCCCGGUAUCCACCAGCACGGCCUUGCUUUCGCGCCACGCCGCCGCUUGGACCCCCGGUCACUAUAGACGCGGCCAUGUAUCCCCACCUCAUCGACAUGGUACUUGACUACGCAGGGCAUGAAUUGCUUAUCGCACUGCGGGCCGUCUCAACAUCCCUCCGCGACCGCUGCGAUGCCCGCCUCGCCCGGCACCUCGUCAUGGCCCCGCGACAUCUCUUGCCGGCUGCCUCGCCAGUUGAAGUCGAGUUGCCUCUUGCGCUUUCAGCUCCAUGUUGGGCCCAACCGGAGUGGGAAGAGUGGGACGAUCCGCCUGACGCUCUGCUGCCAUCGCCGGAAUCUGUCUCGUAUGAACAGAAGCUCAAGUUCAAGGUAUCGAUUACGUCCCCGUUUGGGCGUAUUCCUCUCUUCCGGGCGUGGCAGCAGGCGAUCUGGAGUGACAAUGGCGCCGAGGUCGACGACCAGCCACUCGACAUGGAAUCGAAGCUGCGUGCGGGGCUAUGUCUCCGGGGCACGCAUGUCAUCGAUGUCGUCGGCGCGAUCAUAGACCCCCGUCCAGCUCUCAUCUUACAGCUAAUAGGACACCCAAUUACUCUCCGCUUACGAGGGGACGAGACCGGCAUUGCGCCUCAGAUGGCGAUUGGUGCAGCCCUACCUUCCGACUUUGACGUUUACAAGCUCUACUCUCUCGUUCUCGCGAACGUUCACACGGUCGUCAUGUUCUGCGACUUAUUUGACACAUUGCAUCCUGAGCUGCAACAUCCCGACAUUUCGCAUCCGUCAUUAUUGAAGGGCAAGCAACCUUUCCGCCGCAUCGUGCUCAACCUCCGCUUUGAUCCAGAGGCGUUCCACAUCCCCCCCGACCUCAACGAUGCUGAGUAUCCUCUGAGCAUGCGGGAAGUCGUACUCGUCUUCCGCGCCAAACCUGGCCACCGUUCGCGAGGUGCGGUACCUGCGGAAUCAGAGGACAUCGAGCGCUACUUGGACCUCCUGUUUGAGACGAUAGGUUUCUACCUUGCCGACAUGGCGCACACGAUCGUCAAUGUCCAGGACCUGAACAUGGCCUGGGGAGAUGACGACUGGCCCACUCACAUCCGCGAGAAGAUCCGCCGAGAUCUCAGGCUUCGCACUCCUGACGGCGGCGAGGAUCCAGAAUGCAUCCUCGACCGGCAACUGCGCUUCCUGACUCUUGAUGAGCUCCGGAACGAGAUCGGCGAAGAGCAGUUCCGCAUCGAGACAGUCGAAGAGCUUGGCGGGUAG